UAACGCGAGGUCGACGGGAACGCGGUGGCGACUCGCUUUCUCGCGCGCGACGGAGCCGUAAAGCAAGGCAGCGUUGUUUACAGCGGCCAAAGGAGAAGAAGGAACUCCAUCUGGACUGAUGCUAUUUUGCACUGACUGAGAAUAGACUAAAAAGAAAUGAAUAGGAACAAAAAGCUGCCACCGCCACCUCCUCGGGGAGGCAAAGGCAAUGUGAAUGCCACACCUAGACAGAUUGGCUUGUUGGUGGAUUUGUCUCCUGAUGGUGUGAUGGUCAAUGAUGGGGAAGAUGAUCAUGAAUUAGAGGCUGAGCUCCUGGCCCUUGUUGGAGGCCAACCAGACAUGAGAAAAAAACCAAAUGGAAAAACUCCUUUGCCAAUGGAAGCUAUUGAGAGAAUGGCUGCUUUCUGCAUGAAGGAUUCUGAUGAAGAGGAUGGGGAGGAAGAAGAUGAUUUGGAAGAUGAUGAUGAACAAAAAAAAAACAAAACCCAACAAUCCUUACACACCUCUGCCACAGCUGAACUUCACGAAGUACUUGAGGAAGAUGUGGAGGUGAAAGAUGUCCCGGUACUUGAUGCUGCAAAGACAAAGGAUGGCUCAGCUGGUUCCAGCGGGAUGGAAUCCCUCUUGGAAGAACGACUCGCCAUGUACAAAACCGCCGUGGCUAAUGCAAAACAAGCUGGGGAAAGCUCCAAAGUGCGCCGCUAUGAGAGGGGCCUCAAGACUCUGGAAAAUUUGUUGACUUCUGUAAAGAAGGGCAAAAAGAUUGAUGACGGUGACAUUCCACCACCGGUAGCAACCGGGAAGAGCAGGCCUUCCCAGCAGGCCUCUCCUUUGGAGGCUGCCUCUCCGUCAGAGGCCUCCACACCUGAAGAAAAUGCCCCUCUGUCCAACCACCUUCCCCCAGAGUCACCUUCUGAAGCUCCUGAGCAACCACCUUCUAAAUCACCGCCUGUCUCCGAUCUGCCCCCCAAACAACCACCGCCAGUACUUCCAAAGCCAAAGACUUCUCCAGCCCCUCCUGUUCCUGUUGCGUCCCCAGAGGCACCGCCAGACGAAUCGCCUCCUUCACCGUCUUCUUCUCCUUUGGCUCCCCGAAGCUCCAAUACUGAGGCAGUUCUGCAAGCGAGACAGCGGGCAUACAAGCUGGCGGCCCUGCGUGCUAAGCAAGAAGGCAACAUUGAAAUGGCGACUAAAUAUUACCGUGUAGCCAAGACGUUUGAUCCUGUUUUGAUCUCCGUGGGUAAAGGAGAGACUGUUGAUCUCAGCAGUCUGCCUCCACCUCCAGAUCAGUUGUCCAAGGAGAUGUUGUCCUCCAGUGCGCAACAGCCCCCUGCGUCGACAGCCACACCUCCUCCUUCACAGGCUGUGACCCCCCCGGCACCGACUGUCCCAAGCCCAGGAGAUGUGCCCCCUCCGCCUCGAGACAUGAUGGAGGCCCUGCAGCAGAGGAUGGACCGGUACAAGGCAGCAGCUGCACAGGCCAAGAGCAAGGGAGAUGACCGGAAGGCCAGAAUGCACGAACGGAUUGUGAAGCAAUAUCAAGAUGCCAUCAGAGCUCACAAGGCAGGGAAACCUGUUGAGUUUGCUGACCUACCUGUUCCCCCAGGUUUCCCUCCCAUCCAAGGAAUGGAAUCUUCACCUGCAGAUCAAAGCUUAUCUGGGAUCCUCGAAACAGCCAUGAAACUGGCCAAUGAGGAGGAAGAAGGUGCUGAAGAGACAAAUAAGCCUGAACCCUCCCCAACACCAUCCAAACCGGUCAACGCACUCCAACCCAACCUGCCACACCAGCCAGGCUCACGAGCUGUGGCCCCUGCCGCUCCAAAGUCAGCAGCAUCUGCUAGAAGUGCCGCAAAGGUCAGCACAAGAGCUCAGCAGCAGCUGGCCUUCCUGGAAAACCGGAAGAAGCAGCUGAUGCAGGCUGCACUCCGUGCAAAGCAACAAAACGAUAUUGAGGGGGCUAAGCUGUUCUUGCGCCAAGCUAAAGGUCUGGACCCCAUGAUUGAAGCAUCACAGAAUGGGCUCCCAGUUGACAUAACUAAGGUGCCGCAGGCCCCUGUGAAUAAGGAGGACUUCACCCUCGUGCAGCGCCGAGGAACCAACAUCUCCUCAGAGACAGCUGCCCAGUACACUGAGCUGGUGAAGAUGAUGAGGCAACAGCAUGAGAUGUGCAUGAAUUACUCCAAGCAAUUCACCCAUUUAGGGAACAUUGCAGAAACGACGAAGUUCGAGAAGAUGGCCGAAGAGUGUAAAAAGAAUAUGGAAAUCCUAAAACAAGCUCAUGCCAAGGGAUUUCCACUGCCCAAAUAUCAUUACGAGCAGCGGACGUUCAACGUGGUCAAGAUCUUUCCAGAACUGAAUAGUAACGACAUGGUCCUUUCUAUAGUGCGAGGUGUCAACCUGCCUGCUCCCCCAGGCAUGUCUCCUAGUGACCUUGAUGCUUUUGUACGCUUUGAGUUCCCCUACCCCAACGCGGAGGAAGCUCAAAAAGACAAGACCGCCGUGAUCAAAAAUUCAAACGCUCCUGAAUUCCAGGAGAAGUUCAAGCUCUUUAUUAAUCGGGGCCACCGUGGGCUUAAGCGAGCCAUCCAGACAAAAGGCAUCAAGUUUGAGGUUGUCCAUAAAGGGGGACUGUUCAAAACUGACCGAGUAGUGGGAGUGGCGCAGUUGAAGCUGGAGGCACUGGAGACAGCUUGCGAAAUUCGGGAGAUCUUGGAGCUGUUGGAUGGUCGGCGGCCUACAGGAGGCAAAUUGGAAGUGAUUGUCCGCCUUCGAGAGCCCCUGACUUCCCAGCAACUGGAAACGACCACAGAGAAGUGGCUGGUUAUUGACCCCCUAACUGUGCCUCCGGUGGCACUUCCUAAACCCAAGGCACCAGCACCUCCAAGGAAGGACGUGGGCAGUAGUAAAACUGUCUGCACACUGCACAGCUUCAACGUGUUAACUUUUGACCAGGAGAGGUUGGAGAAGAAGAUGCUGGCAUACAAGCAGGCUGGCCAGCGACCUCCAAGUGACCUGUUAGAGCAGCACCAGAACAUCAUACAGAUGAUCCAGUGGCAGAAGUCUCAACUCCAACAUGGAGGCCCUGCAGUCAAGAAAGAGUAUCUGACACAGCUGGAACGGUACCAGCAAUGGUACACAGAAGCGGCACGGCGGCUUGGCAGCGAAGGAAAGCGGGAAGCAGCAGCGAAGGAUGCCCUUUACAAGCGCAAUCUAGUUGAGUGUGAGCUGCAGAAGUUCCGCAAAUGAAGGAAGAAGUGGAUGAAAGUGACAGGAAACUCCAGAAUCGCUCUGCCAAGCUGCUGCCUGCUCAUGCACUUUCUUCUCCUCUUUGUUGGUAGAGAGGGUGGGGAGAGCAGGCUGGGUGGGGAGACUGCUGAUGAACGAGUUCUGCAGGGUGGCUCUGUUCUGGACAGAGGGCUCUUUGUAGCCUUCAGUAUACCUAAUGAGUGGAGGUCCCCAUUGUUCCUCAACAUUAUGGCAAGCCAUGAGAUUUUGCCAGGUGAAGAGACAAUCUGAUUGGGACAAUCACCUUGCCUUGAGCUUCUGUCCAAGCCUGGCCUCCUCUGAGAUCUUAAUGAACCGCUUGAUUAUUUCUCAGCUGAGCCAGGCUGCUGGGCAUUGGUGAACAAAGAAGGGAACCCCUUUCUCUGCUCAUCAAGCUCAAGGACUGGGGGUGUCCACAUUACAAAUUAAACCAGUUUGAAACUGUUUUAGUUCCAGUGGCUUAUCCCCUAUAUAAUUUUGCCAGGAUGCUGAGGAUACCUACUCCCAUGAUGAAACUAUAGUUCCCUCAAUUCCUUUUCCAUGGCUUUGUUGGCUUAACAGAUCCACAGUUGUUUUAACUUGUACUGUAGACAGGCCUAGUGUAUUGUUGUCUUGCACCCAAAGGUGGGAAAACCCAGCUGAGAUGACUUAUUGAGGAACUCACCUCCUUUAAAAACACUACUAUAGCCCUCAGCCCGUAGUUUGCAUUGAGCUCAUGAGUCCUCUUACACUCCUUUUACCCUUCUCAUCCUUUGCACCAGGCACUUUGCACAUGCCUUUCUGGGCUCUGCUUAUUUGACCUUAUUUAUGUUUCUUCCUCUGAGAGCUAAGGAGCUCAUUGCUUAUGCAUGGUCAGUGUCUGUGAAAGUCUUGCUUGCCAAUUCUUGGAAGAAUCUGGCUUCUGGAUUAAUAUCAGAUGCCUGUGUUAAUGGAAGUCUCUCAGCUCCGUCAACUGUUUGUCCUUCUGUGAUGUGCUGCUCAGUUUAUUUUCUUUGCUCAGUUUAUUUUCCAGGGAAAGCGUGGUGCUGUAAUCCAGAGGUGGGUAACUUUGCUAGGUUUGGGGCCCACUCCAUGCCAUCCUGUGGUCAAAACCUGACAUCAUGUUGGGAACUCAGCACCCCUACUUUCACUUUGACACAAGAUGGAUGGAGACAGAGAGUACCUUUGUUAUGCACUGGAAACAUGUGUUUAUGUCGGCUACCACUGAAUUACAUGUUGACAAGGGGAUCAGCACUUACAGAAAUUUUGGGGGCUUCCUGCCGGGCAUGUAUAUUGACCAUCUCUGCUUUAGCCUAUGGGUGUGUUAUAAGGGUUGGCUUGCAGAAACAGGUUCCCCUCUGGCAGCUGGAAAGGAGAUCCUCUUAAUUGAAAUCCUGUUUCCUAUAGUUGGCAUUUUUAAAUGUAAGAAAUUAACUCAGGGUUGUUGCUGUUGCUCAGGAUGGAUUAAGUGACAAGCUGUGGGUCAGAUCCGGGACUAUUUUCCCUGUCCCCACCGAUGUACCUUUCGAAACCAAAAUUGAAUUUCUCCUCGUCUCUCGAUAGUGAGAUGAUAAAAGGGAAACAUGUUCUGCACUGCCUGUCUUCCCUGGCUAUUUUCACAAUCCUCUCUUGGGUUUUUCGGGAAAUCAUAUUUCUGUACAAGUGCCUGCCUCCUAGGUUGUUGUUCAGCCAGAGGCCUUGAAAGCCAAUUAUUAAAAGCAUAGGCUGUGAAUCUGACUUGUGUUAUGGCUUUAUUUUAUCUUUAGGGUGACAAAUAUAUAAUGGGGGUUGGCUAAAAGAAAGACACAUAUUGAUUCUUGUACCCCGAAUAAAAAAGCUUGUUGUUAAACCUC